GGUCUUUGUUCACUGUUUGGCCGUUCUAACCUCGACGUUGGCGUCGUAUUUUACCACACAUUAAAGAAUAGUCAUUACUCACUAUUACUGCCCACGUGGUUAGCGGCCAUCCAAACGAAAUCUCGACGGUCAAUAACGUAUUAAUAACGUGUCCGACAUGGCAGUCGGCGACGGAGACCAGGUGAACUAUGCUCACUACACCGAUCGGCUGAAGAAGCCUGACGUGCUGUCCGAGCUGAAGUCUGCCGACAACAAGUUCUUGUUCGCGCGCGCACUGCUCAUAGAACACGGCAUGUUGCCCACGACAUUGGAUCGUCCUGCCGACAGCGGCGGUGUGCGUCCAGUCACCGAACAAUGGAAGAUGGAUUUUGAGCAUGGGCUCGUGCUUUCCGGGACUGGGCAGUAUAAGGAAGCCGCCAAGCAGUUUUCUCGGUCCAUGGUCGACGGCGAGCCGGGAACCGAUAACCACGCGCUAGCCAUGACUAACCGGGCAGUGGCGCUUUACCACUUGGGCCAGUUCACCCGAAGCUUGAUGGACGUGCGCCAGGCCUUAAAGUCCAAGUACCCGCCCGAGAUGGGGCCCGAAUUGUAUAAGUUUGCCGGAAAGUUAUACAAAACAUUGGGCCACCGCAAGGAGGCUGAGCAGAGCUACGCCGAGUGCUUGCGAAGGUUGGACGAGUCGGGCAUGACCGCUGAAGCGAAACGAAAGUUCAGGCUAGAGGUCGCCGUCGCCGUGGACAAGUGCAAGGACUGCAAUCAUGCCGAAUCGGACUUGGACAUUUCGGACGAUUCGGACUUGGAAAACCCGUUUCUCAACAAGCUGGUGGGUGGCAAAAACAAGAACAUUCCGGCGCUCUCGGCCUUUUUGGAACUCAAAUCGUCCAAAAAUAUGGGACGAGGUGUUUAUGCCACUCGCGACAUAAACCCUGGAGAUAUUGUGGCCAUAGAUGAACCUUACAUUUACGGGGGAUUUCUAUUACAUAAAUCUUGUUGUCAUAAUUGCCAGAAAUCGCCAAUAGCUCCUAUACCGUGUAAAAGAUGUUCAUUGGUUUUUUACUGCAGUGAAAAUUGUUUACAUAAAUCAAUGAAAGAUGGACACAAUUUGGAAUGUCCAAUUAUUUUUUUUAUCAGAUCAUUGCCAGGAAUAACUGAUUUGUAUCAACUUGCUUUGAAGUGGUUGUUAAAAGACGUAUCAAAAAUGGGUUUGAAAAAAUUUUGUUCGUUGGUAGAUACAUUUUCUAAAUCUAAAAUAGAUCCUAAGACAAGGGGUUUUAAUGAGAAUGGGAAAUAUAAGUCGGAUAAUUUUUUAACGGCCUAUUCUUUGGAUAGCAGUGAAGAAGAAAUGCCAAUAGAUGUAUUGUUUUUUUUUAACUGUAUUGCUGCUAAAAUGUUACAGUAUUUGAUGUUAAGUGGAUUCAAAAUUGAAGAAUGCUAUUUAGGUAUUGUAGGUACUUCUUUGGUACGCAUCCUAAGUGUUUUAGAUUUAAACGCUAGAAAAAUAAAUACCAAUGCCCCAAACAUGGCGUCUCUAAAAGGUCAAUUAUUAGAAAAUUAUUACUAUAUGACUUUUCCAAUGGCAAUAGCUUUGUAUCCAAGUCUUGCUUUAUUCAACCAUUCUUGUGAUCCAAAUAUAGAACGAAGUGGAAAAUUAUCUACAAAAACAAGAGUGAUUAAAGCAAUUCAACCGAUUCUCAAAGGAAAUCAGUUAUUCUUUAACUAUGGAAGGUCAAUAUUGUUUGAUAAGAUGAAAAAAGAAAAACGACAAGAGAUUUGCCGGGAUAAUUUCAAGUUUGAAUGCUGCUGCCAGCCUUGCAUAGAAAACUGGCCCCCAUAUGAUUCCAUACCAAAUGGUCUUUCUGCAAAAAAUAUCUUAAAUCCUAGUAUGGCAGAUACUGUGAUCAAGGAGUGCAAGCUAUUUGAGGAAUUUAUAGAAAAAGUGGGCUAUGAUGAGUUUCAUCUUCAUUUAAAUUAUCUUUAUGGCUUUAUUAAGCUAUUAUUUACUAAUGUAAAACGACCAUUUGGAUUGUAUCAUAAGUGUCUUCGCAUAAUAAUUCAUGCACAUACAGAACUCAAACAUCCAAUUAUAUUUUGAUCAUAACAAUUAUUAAAAUGUAUAUAAUUUUUAGUUUAUAUUAUCAUAAGUUUUUUUUUCAUUAUUAUAACAGUAUACAUUUCUAUUUAAUAAUUUUAAUUUUUUAACUAUUACAAGGUAAUUUUUUAUUUUUUUUUAACUAUAACAAGGUAAUUUUUUAUUUUUUUUAACUAUAACAAGGUAAUUUUUUAUUUUUUUUUAACUAUAACAAGGUAAUUUUUUAUUUUUGUUAACUAUAACAACGUAAUUUUUUAUUUUUUUUAACUAUAACAAGAUAAUAUUUUUAUUUUUUAAGAUAAUUUUUUUAUUAAAUACUAG